GUUCCACGCGACUCGACGAUAUGCUCUUUUAGUCCUCGAGCGCCUUUUCAAAAUGCUUCACUUUUAUCCCAAGCGAUUCGAGAUCGAUGUCCACGUGGAGGACCUCGAGCUUCUCCAUAAGAAGCUACAGUUUGCACGCCUCCCAAUUGGGGAUUCGGAAAGUACCUGGGGAGAGGAUAAUGGUAUCACUGUCGCUUUCAUGCGAAGCUUGAUCGAGUAUUGGCUCCAAGAGUACGAUUGGGCGUCCGAGAAACGUAAAAUCAACGAACUUCCACAGUUCAACGUCAAAAUUGAGCUUGGAGACUGGGGAAUCUUCGAUAUCCAUUUUGUUCACGCACCCUGUGAAAAGAAGACUGGGAUACCGCUGUUAUAUUUGCACGGAUGGCCGGGAAAUUUCACCGAAGUGCAAAACAUACUGGAACCACUCCGAUCUGCUGGGUAUCAUGUCGUGGCUCCUUCUCUUCCAGGGUUCGGCUUUUCGUCAUACGCUACUAAGCAAGGGUUCAAGAACUGGCAUUCUGCAGAGCUGGUGCAUCGACUCAUGAUCGGACUUGGUUAUGAACGAUAUGUUGUAGCAGGUGGUGACUGGGGAGCGAUGAUAGCAUCAUCAAUGGUGCGACUGUAUCCGGAAUUUAUUCAGGCUCUUCAUCUUACUAAUGUUUUCGUCAAGCCACCUGAGAACAGUAGCGCGUUGGAGUACUCCAAGUUCGAGCAGCAUUCUCUGAGCAAAAUGGUAUGGUUCCAGCAGGGACAAGCCGGCUAUGGCCAGAUUCAAAGCACGAAACCACGCACCCUUGGCUUUGCCAUGCACGAUUCUCCAGUGGGCAUGCUUGCCUGGAUGGCCGAUAAGCUCCUGAUGUGGCGGGACGACUAUCAAUGGACCAAGGACGAGAUCAUCACGUGGACGUUAUUGCAUUACUUCCCCGGUCCCUCGACCGCCUUCCAAAUGUACUUUGAGAAUCUGUCGCUGGCUACUUCGGGUGAAAUUCCGCCGGGAACUGAAAGAUACGUCAAAGUGCCCACCGCAGUAAGUGCUUUCGCAGAAGAGGUCUUCAUGGUGCCGCGAAGCUGGGCUGAGAAGGAUUUCAACAUCGUAGAAUGGCAGGAGCAUCCAAAAGGUGGUCAUUUUCCGGGCUAUGAGCAGCCCAAGGAGCUGAGUACGGACCUUGACAAGUUCUUCAAAGCGCAGUGGAAGCGCUAAGAGCCCCCCAGCCACGGCUUUCAGUCUGUCUAGAGAUCGAUCUCUCGUUACCUUGCGGGAGUCGACGUAUAGCGGUUACCUGCACAUAUGAUGUUGCAGAGUGUUGUUGUAGCC